AUCCGCGAGUGCGGCAGCAGCGCAGCUCUGCGUCACGACACACAGAGUCCUGAAAUAACUUUACCUGGCGAGUUGCGUGACUUUUCGUCUCUCAUCGGGCGUAAAGCGGGCUUACAUUAAGGCACCAUUUCUAAAUGGCGAGUCCAGCUUCGGAUGCAGGACGGCAUCUUCCUCUGCAGGCUCAUCAUCACCACCACCAACACCAUCACCAUCAUCAUCAUCACACCGAACCGGCGCCCGAACCCGCUAUCCGCGAGGCGCAGAGAUGGAUAGAGGCAGUGACCGGCAGGAGUUUUGCUGACAGGGACUUCAGAACUGGACUUGACAAUGGCAUCUUAUUGUGCGAACUGCUGAGUUCAAUCAGACCGGGUCUGGUGAAGAAGAUAAACAGGCUGCCCACUCCUGUAGCUGCUCAGGAUAAUGUGGCGCUCUUCCUGAAGGGUUGUGAGGAGUUUGGUUUGAAGGGCUCGCAGUUGUUUGAUCCUGGAGAUCUACAGGACACCUCCACACGCACCAACAAAAAUCCAGACAACAACAAGAAAUUAAAAAAUGUUCUGAUCACUAUCUACUGGCUGGGCCGAGCAGCCAAUAGCAGCGCCACAUACAACGGGCCCACCCUGGACCUGCACGAGUUUGAGGGACUGCUGUCACAGAUGAGAAAGGAAGCAGAGGAGUGGGACAGCCCAAAGCGUAGCAUCAGAGACAGUGGUUAUAUAGACUGCUGGGAGUCUGAGCGCAGCGAUUCUCUCUCUCCACCGAGGCACGCGCGAGACGACUCCUUCGACAGCCUGGACUCCAUCGGCUCACGCUCCCAUCAAACCCCCUCGCCCGAAGGCCUGCUCGCCCGCGGCUACAGCGAUGGCCGCGGCAGCGACUCGGAGUGCGACACCCCCCAGAGGAAGAUACCGGAUGUGCGCAAGGAUGACAUGUUGGUGCGGCGAACGUCUUGCAGUGAGCCACGGACCGCCGUUCCUUUCAACCAGUACCUGCCUAACAAAGCUAACCAGGGCUCCUACAUGCCCCCGCCAGUGCGACGCCCGCGCGCCGAUAGAGACGAAAGCCGCAAAAGCUGGAGUAAUGCAACCUCACCCGUUGGAGGAGAGAGACCUUUCAGAUUCAGCCGUUCAUCUAGUGUGUUUGAUGAUCCAGAGAGUGUGAGCAUGAUUGACAUGAGAAGUGAGGAAGACUUGUCGCCACAUAGUCAAGUUCGACACGAGCUCAUGCACAACCAGUACAACAAGCUGAAAGAGGAAGAAGACCACUGGCAGGAUGAUUUGGCCAAAUGGAAGAGUCGCAGGAGGAGCGUGUCUCAAGACCUGAUCAAAAAAGAAGAGGAGAGGAAGAUGAUGGAGAGACUGCUGAGUGGAGAUGGAGGAUCACAGAGAAGGAAAAGCAUCAAGACGUACAGAGAAAUAGUAGAGGAGAAGGAGCGACGUGAACAGGAGCUGCAUGAUGCUUAUCGAAAAGCUCGCACACCAGAGGAAGCAGCGGCUGUGCUGCAUCGUUACGCCCAGCGUUUCACCAUCAGUGAGGCUGUUCUGGAGCGCCUCAAACUGCCCAAGCUGCUGGAGAGAAGCGUGUCGGCUGACCCCACUCGUCACUCCUCUCUCCCUAUCUCCCAGGACAUCUCGUCCUCCUUUAGCGCUUCACCCAAUGUGCUGCAGUACCUAAGGCAGCAGUCUCUCCCAGCAGCUAAGUUCACAUCCACGGUCGAAGCAAGGGUGACGGGAUACAGCACAGAACAGGGAAUUGUGGCCGAUGCAGAGUGUGUCUCAGAUCCAUCUCGCUUACAUGGGCCAUCACUGGGUCCAAAACCUUACAGACAGAGCAGAGCUGCUGGGACGAGAACAGUUAAGGUGGAUGAAAGAGUGCGAGUGAAUGGAGAAAGGGAAGAUGACAGCCUCAGUAUUGAGAAGACAGGGCCUAACAAAGCAGAGGAAGAAGAUUCUUCUCAUCUACAGUUCUUCUCAUCUUCCUACCAACACACAGACUCAGACAUGACAGAUAGUGAAGUGUCUGUAGUUCAGCCCACAGUCCACAUGCUCUCAUCCACACGCACAGCAGAGAGCCCAGAGAAACACAGAGAUACCACAGAGAUUGAAGGACGGACAGUCCCGCAGGUCGGAGAUGUCCCAGAAUCCCCAAAAGUGUUGGAGCUAAAUCCAGAUGAGACUGUUACAGAUCGAGAGAAGACAGAUGAGAUGGGUAUGAGUGAGACCAGUCUACAAGAUGUGAUUCAGAUGGAGUUUUCUGCACAGGUCAGUGAGCUAAAGACCCCACAGAAAUCAACAAAUGAGCCAGAAUCAUCCAUGCCCGAAUCAUACAGAACCAAAGCAGACAUGGCUGAAAAGGCUCAUGGAAAUGAGAAAUAUCGACGUGAGCAGGAGAAGCUAAAGCAGGAGUGGGAGCAGGCACAGAAAGAGGUGGAGGAGGAAGAGAGACGCUACCAUGAGGAGGAGCAGAAGAUUCUGGAAGAGACUGUGACCCCUCUGACCCCUCACUCACCGAUUGCACCGCCAGUCCUUCCCAAAACUCAAAGCACUUUACACUCCCAGCCCGAUCGGGAAUAUAAGCAGGGGCCAGUAGAGAAGCAGCCGAGCUCUGAGAACUGCAGACAAAGGGAAAACGGCAUCAGUGAAGCAGCACAAAGAAAGACGGAGAGUUUACAGAUGACAGUAAGUUCUCCCCUCCAAAGCUGUGGGUCAGUUGGUCAGAGAGGACAAGAAAACCAGAGCCUAGAAAAGCAGCCAACACUACAAUCUAGUCAGGAUAUGCCACUGGGCAAUAGACAGAUACCCCAACAGAAUGAGACUUGGAAGAAGAAUACAACACCACCAAAACCUGGUGGACGCAAGAGGUCUGACUCUAUAGAGAACAUUGGGCCAAAUCCAUCAACAUCACCUUCAUUCACAGACACACAAGCACCUCCAUCACCAAACAGGUCUGUCAGUGGGAAGAAACUGUGUUCAAGUUGUGGUCACCCACUUGGCAAAGGUGCCGCCAUGAUUAUAGAGACUCUCAGCCUUUACUUUCACAUCCAGUGCUUUAAGUGUGGAAUCUGUAAGGGUCAGUUGGGUGACACCAGCACAGGAACAGAUGUGAGGAUCAGAAACGGUCUACUCAACUGCCAUCAGUGCUAUAUCCGCUCCCGCUCUGCUGGUCAACCCACCACAUUGUGAAAUCACUGAUUCUGAGAGCAAGAAAUCCACCCAUAAUACUCAUGAAGUUUGCAUAUGUUAAUACAAGCACAUUUCAAAUCAAACCACUGCAAUGUCUUCAAGUCAGGUUUUCUUUUCAUACAUAAAGAAAAGCAUGGGACUAUAGUAAAAAAAAGGUUUCUGGCAGUAUAGCUGACUAAUAAACCUGUUUGUCAGCGGAAAACACAUUUUUGGACUGUGCACAGAUUUCAGCCAUCUAUCGAGGACUCUAAAGAGGAGCUGGAUUCAAAUUUGAAUUUAAAAGUCAUCCAUGUUUUGUUUAAAAAUCAGAGUAUUCCCCUUCAUUUGCUCCUCAAAUGCUGUAGCUGAGCACUGUAGCGAAUUAAUAAUUAUUUCUCAGUAUUCUUUGAAUAGAUUAAAGGAACAGACCACAUUUUUGGAAAUUGGCACAUUUUACAAGUCACCUAGAGUUAAACAGUUGUGUUUUACCCAUCAGGUCAUGUGUGGGUCUGGCAGGAGCACUUUUAGCUUAGCUUAGCAUAGAUCAUUGAAUCGGAUUAGACCAUUAGCAUCUCCCUUAAAAAACGUCUAAAAAGAGUUUCAAUAAUUUUAUUAUUUAAAGCUUCACUCCUCUGUAGCUACAUUGUUUACAAAUACUGAUGAAAAACUAUAUUUUUAGGCCAAUAUGGCUAGGAACUCUCAUUCAGUCUUAUUAUUCAAGGAAAAUUGACUGUAUCAUGUAUCUAAUCGAUCCAAUACCAUGGCUGCAGUAGGUGCAAUGAUAUUGCAAUGUCAUUUUUGAGUGAGCUAAUGCUAAUGGUCUAACCUGAUUCAAUGAUCUAUGCUAAGCUAAGCUAAAACUUCUCCUGCCAGACCCAGAGAUCAGCUGAAUAGAUUCAGAAAAUGGUCAAACUCAACUAUUUAACUCUCAGGGACUUGAAUUAAAAUCCUAUUUUCAAAGAAGCAGAGAUUUCCUUUAAAACAUCUGAACCUAAAAUGUCCAAACUCUUAAGAUAAUGGAGAUACUGUCCUUAUUUUUUAAAUAUUCAUUGUUAACAUUCAUAGUGCCUCAAGAUAAAAAAAGGUAAUCUGUAAUUAAGGGAACACAGUCACUGUAAGCCCCUGAUCAUUGUAUGUCCUAUCUGGAGCAAAGUAUGUAUUUUUAUAUAUUUGAGCUGAUAUAAAAUACAGAUGCAUGUAAAAAAAGAGCUUCAAGAAAACAGACAUAUUCAUACAGCUGCUUAUUUUCAUGCAAAUCACUGUCCUUCAGUCGAUUGAUGGUUUGGGAAGUUGUUGCACUAAAGCAUUGUGCCUUAAGAGAGACGCAACGUCUGAAUGAGAAACUUAAAAAGAGGAAGAGUUUGGAUCCAAAGACUGUUUCUACACUCAUAGAAAAAAUAAGGCUUCUAUUUUUGAUCAUGUAUGAUCUUAUGGAUCAAGUUGCACCCUGCUCUUUAAAAAUAAUGGAGUAUUUGCCUGUAAAUUUACAACACAAUCUCACAGAAAUUAGUAACUUUUUGAUUUUGUUGCUAAUUCGUAUUAAUUUGUAUGAUCAUACUCAUAUAUUUUAGUCAGAUUUGCUUAUCCCCAAUGACGGUUGAGUUUAGCUGUGAGGUUCGGGGACAUGCCUCUUUUAAAGAUCAUUACUACAAAUGAAAUCGCCACUUUUCUGCCAAUAUUGUAAAAUAGUUGUUGGCUGAAACUUGUUAGUUUUGCCAUUUUCACACAAUAUGUGUUAUAUUUAUAUGCCAAACUUCGCUGAACAUACAUUUUCCCCCUCAAAUUUUGGCUCUAUUUUAUUUUUAUUAUUUUAUUUUUUGGAAAAUGUGUAUAAAAAUAUAUUGCUUUAGUUUCAUUCUGAAAAUGAUUGAAUUUUAACAUGACAAAGCAAUACAAAUGUAAACCGUUCAUCGAAACACACUCACUUAAAUGUAACUCUUGAUUUAGGGCUACCACUGUAAGCACAUUCAUCUUAUGUACCUGAACAGAAGACUUUUUGAUCACGAAAAACAGUUUGACUGUUUUGUUGGCUAUUUCAUCUUCCGUCACGAUUGAUUUAUUUAGCCAGCGGUUCUGCGCUCUGGGUCCAGUCAUGUAUUUUAUGUUUAAUUCGUCAUUACUUUAGGUUUGACACAGGGCCAAGGCUUUUUCCAGGCAAGAUAUAUGUUGUUUAGGAGGGAAAUAGUUACCUUGGAAAAUAUAUAUUAAAUCUAAGGUAUAUUUAUUGUGUUAUUCAAAUCUCAAAUCUACACUAUCCAAAAAUAGAUUAAUUUGAUGUUCAAAUGCAACAGCUUUACAGUAUACUGUAUGUUUAUAAAUAAAAUAACGAAAUAUCGAA